AUGGCACGUACAAUCAAGAAUGUGGCUAUUGCAGGGGCAAGUGGCAAUGUCGGAGCUCGAGUACUCGAUGCAUUACUCAAACUAGACUUCAAUGUCACAGUGCUUAGUCGCAAUUCCAAACCUUUUCCGGCUGCUGCUCGCGUCAAGGUUGUCGACUUCACCUCGAAGGAGUCAUUGUCUGCGGCCCUCGCUGGACAGGACGCAGUUAUCGAUACUACUUUCUCGCCGGAGAUUGAAACACCUCUCCGACUCAUUGAUGCGGCGGCUGAGAGUGGGGUUUAUCGCUUUAUCACAAGUGACUUUGGACUCGAUCCUGAACUUCCAGGAAUUCAUGACAUGCCUGUUUUUGGCCGCAAGAAAGCCUCUUAUGAGGCCGUGAAAAACCAUGCAGCUCAAAACCACCUGACGUAUACCUUGGUAGCUUGUGGUGCUUUUCUUGACUGGAGUCUGUCCUCUGGGUUCUCCGGCCUGAACUUUCAAGAAAAGAAAGCCUUUAUCUUUGGCGAUGGAAACAAUGUUGUCCCAUGGACGACAUUGGAGGAUGUCGGCAUAGCCACCGCGAAUGUGCUUGUGCAUCCAGAAGAAACCUUGAAUCGCCCAGUCUAUGUUCACUCAGCGUUUCUGUCGCAAAACCAAAUUUUUGACGCAACAAAACAGGUUUUGGGGAGUGAAGGGUGGGAUGUCAGUUAUAACGACAUGAAACCUCUGUUGGACAAUGCGUUGGCAGAUCUCAACGCCGGCAGAAUCAGUGCUUCGGUUUUUGAAGUACAAAUACAGUACUGCCUAGCUACCAAAGCGCUUGCACACCCCUGGGCAAAAGAUGAUAGCUCCCUAUUGGGACUGAAAGAGUGGGAUUCAGAAAAGGUAAAAGCGCUGAUUCAGACGAUUGCCCACAAAUAA